UGCUCGUGAGGCAUUUCCUCAAGCACGUAAAGGACUUCCUGCCUCCUACAAUGUCUGCCACCACUACAAUCACUCAAGCUGAGCCAAUUACGGCACAGAGCAUCCUCAGACUCUUUCCUGACAUCGACACCAGCUCGGCAGAGCUAGAUGGCCACGAUGAAGAACAAAUUAGAUUGAUGGAUGAGGUGUGCAUUGUCCUCGAUGAGAAUGACAAGCCGAUCGGAAACUUCAGCAAGAAGAUAUGUCAUCUCAUGACCAAUAUCGAGAAAGGUCUCCUACACCGCGCCUUCUCUGUUUUCCUCUUCAACUCCAAGAAUGAAUUGCUUCUUCAACAACGUGCUACCGAGAAAAUUACUUUCCCAGACAUGUGGACCAAUACAUGCUGCUCACACCCACUUGGUAUUCCUGGUGAGGGCGGUGCAGAGUUGGCAGAGGCUGUUGAAGGUGUGAAGCGUGCAGCUCAACGAAAGCUGGACCAUGAAUUGGGUAUCAAGGCUGCUCAAGUACCAAUCGAGAACUUCAAGUUCUUGACAAGAAUCCACUAUAAGGCACCCAGCGAUGGAAAAUGGGGCGAGCAUGAGAUCGACUACAUUCUCUUCAUCAAGGCAGACGUCGACCUCGAGCCCAACCUCAAUGAGGUGCGCGAUACUCGAUAUGUUACCGCCGACGGUCUGAAGGCGAUGUUCAACGAUCCUACCCUAAAAUUCACCCCAUGGUUCAAGCUUAUUUGCCAUUCGCUGCUAUUCGAGUGGUGGGAGCACCUCGACCAGGGCCUGGAGAAGUACAUGAACGAACAAGAGAUCCGAAGAAUGUGAAGGGAUCGACUGGAGAUGUGAUAAUGAUGCAUGGAAUGGAGUAGGCGUACACAUAAGGACUAUCAGGCAAGGUUGGAAGACCUCUGAUGCAUGACAGGAGAGACAGUGGCCGAAGCGAUAAUGAAGGAGAGACCAAUAUACCCUGUCUGCAAAGACGUGCAAUAAAAGGCAUUGCAUAUACACACCUCAACAACCAGUGUUCUUAGGUGCUUUCGAACUUUUUUCUCUGAUCGGAUCAGGAGGUUGGGUUGUUGGAAACCGCCCCAAGUCUUGGAACCCCGGCAAAGGGUACCGAUCCU